GACAAAGUAAUAAAUUAUAAAAUUUUUUAUAAUUUGUAGUAGGCUAUCUUCUGAUAAUAUUUUUUGUAUUGUUAUAAAUUUAAAAUUAUGACAACUAUAUGUAAAGAUAAAACACAAGAAACUUUGCAGAAAGAAGAACUUCAACUACUAACUAAAUCAGAAUUGAUAGAAAGGAUAGUAAAUUUAGAAAAAGAAAAUAAACAAUUAAAGACUGUAACUAAUGAAAAAAAUGAAAAAUCAAAGAAUAAAGAUAUUAUUCGUAAAUCACAAAAACCAUUUGACUUUUCAAAAUGUAACAAAAGACAUAUUUUGUUAAAAUUUUAUUAUCUUGGAUGGGAUUACAAUGGUUUUGUUGUACAAGAGAGUAUUGAUAAUACGAUAGAAGAACAUUUAUUUGAAGCAUUAAUAAAAAGUUGUUGUAUAGAGUCACGUGAAACAUCAAAUUAUCAUAGAUGUGGAAGAACAGACAAAGGUGUUAGUUCAUUUUCACAAGUAAUUUCUUUGGAUAUAAGGAGUAAACUAAAUCCAGAAGAUCAAUAUAAAUUAGAAGAUGAACUUCCAUAUUGUAAAAUGUUAAAUAGAUUACUUCCAUCUAACAUAAGAUGCAUUGCAUGGUGUCCAGUACCUAAUGAUUUUUCAGCAAGAUUUAAUUGUAAAUUUAGAACUUACAAAUACUUUUUUCCAAGAGGAAAUUUAAAUAUAGAUGCUAUGAAUAAAGCUGUUAAAUAUAUUAUAGGAGAGCAUGACUUUCGAAAUAUUUGUAAAAUGGAUGUUGCUAAUGGAGUUAUUAAUUAUAUAAGAAAAGUUAUUAAUGCAGAAGUACGUAUGUAUCGCCAAGAUUUUAGAAAUAUUUCAGGAUAUGAUAUGUAUCAAUUAAUUAUAACAAGCCAAGCAUUUCUAUGGCAUCAAAUUCGUUGCUUAAUGGGUGUUUUAUUUCUUAUUGGUGAAGGAAAAGAAGAGGCUGAAAUUAUGUUGGAGCUUCUAGAUAUUGAAAAUUGUCCUAAAAAACCACAAUAUAAUUUAGCUCAUGAAAUACCAUUAAAUCUUUGGUACUGUGAAUAUGAUGCUAAAGAAUGGUAUAUUCAUAAAGAUGAAUUAUUCAAUACAAUAAAACUUUUACAAAAAGAUUGGACUUUAAAUACAGUAAGGUCAGUAAUGAUUGAAAACAUGUUGUUGGAAUUAGAAAAUUCAAUCAAUUAUAAAAAUAUGUCUUUUCAAAAUGAUUGUUUAUUGCUUGGAGUACAAUCUAAAGUGUAUCAACAUUUGAUGAAACGACCCACAUGUGAAAGCUUGGAAAGUAAAAUAAAACGCUAUGAAAUUAAAAAAAAGAAAAAGGAAUAA